AUGCCUCUCAUAGAACUCGUGCUUCUCAUUUCUUCGCUCGUGGACGCUUCGCCAACACAUCGGCUGCUGAGACGAGCACCUCGCACUGAUGUUCUGGGAGGAGCAAACUUCCCGGAUCCAACGCUGUUAGACGAUGCAGGCAAGACGUAUGCCUUUGCAACAGUCGAUGGUGCAGGUCACCAGGUUCCGGUAACCAGCAGCGACGACUUCCAUAGCUGGUCUGCCAUCUCAGAAUCUUUCCCUUCAGAAGGAGUUCCUGCAUUCAGCUCCUGGGCAGCUCCAAACACGAUCUGGGCACCGGAUGUCAAUAAGUUGGACGACUAUGAUGGAAGUUAUGCCAUGUACUACUCUCCGGCUUUGUCAUCGGACGGUUCAAUACACUGCAUUGGUCUUGCGAGGAGUGCCAAUAUUGCUGGACCUUACAAUGAUUCUUCGACUGAGCCCUGGAUUUGUCCUCAGGAGCAAGGAGGUGCCAUCGACGCCGCAGGGUUCCUGGAUGAUGAUGGCAAAAGAUAUGUACUGUACAAAGUCGAUGGUCCAGCUGCUGCGAAUGGAGGAUACUGUGCGAGCACUGCCAACACACCCAGUACUCCCAUCAUGAUCCAGCCAACGCAAUCCGACGGCUAUACCAAGAUUGGUGAUCCCGUAGAAAUCUACAACAACAAUGGUGUCGAGGAUCGCUACCAGACCGAGGCCCCGUCGCUCAUUAAGGGCAGUGAUGGCACUUAUUUCCUCUUCUUCAGCACUGGCUGCUAUGACGAUAACAGCUAUACCACCAGCUAUGCCACCAGCACAGACGGCAUCUUCGGACCGUACGAGAACAGACAGGUCCUCUUGAAGAAUGGCGACUACGGUCAAUUCGGUCCAGGCGGAAUGGAUCUUGCUCUGGAUGGAAGUGGGAGAGCGGUAUAUCAUUCUUUGAAAGGCGACAAUGAUAUUUCGCAAGGUCGCGUCAUGAACACGGCCAUGAUCUCGCUUUCUGGUCGAAGCGCGUCGAUCAAUUGAGUAGUAGCGUGGACAAUGGGUUGGAUUAGGUUUCUUGGG